CGUUUCCCGUCCUUCGUGCUCGACCCUGCUGGAGCCUCCCACCACAUCCACCUUUUUGCGGCCCCCCCGAACGCAUGAUCCUGCUGCACCGCAAAGCCGUCGUGCUCAAGGAACAUCCGUCGGCCGUUGCUUCUGAUGCUCCGCGCAUCCUCCUGUCAACUGCAUCCUUCUCUCAAGCUGCUCUUGUGCCCGUCUCGUUUGCUCAACACCCGAGGAGACCCCCAUCACGACAUCGACCCAGCACGCCGAAGCGUCGGGCACCCCAGACAAUAGCCACGCCCUCGGAGCUCGUAUCCAUCUGCCUGCCAGCUCUGGGUCGUGCCACAGCAAUUCUUGCCGCUGCCUCCUUACGGCCCACUCAGCUCGGUGCCGUGCAAUAGCUUGCUGGACCGGCCGUGUUCGCAGUCGAAGCUCGCAGGUCGAAGUUUCAAGCGCAUCCCAUGGUCACCUAAUCUUGUUCGAGGUCCGUCAACGGGCACAAUCGUCGCCGUCGUCGACAUCGUCGCUCGGUCAACAGGUAAGGCGGUUUUAGCUGGCCGACCAUCACAACUGAGAAUCGACGAUCGGCGAUCGGAACCUCGUUGCCACUGAUUUCGUGUCAAACCUCACCACGUCUGCCGCCCGCCCACCAUGCCGAAGAACGGUGGAGAUGGCGAUUCAACGUCUGGCGGUGGGUCGCAGCAUCGAGACGAAGUUCCUCCGUCGCUAUCGACCUCUUCGCAGCAGUCUGGCCUGGAUCGCACGGUCGUCCACGCUGAACAUGAUUCACCCACGUCCGGCCGGGUCCAUAGGGGCUCGGUGUCCUCGCCCACCACUUCAGAGCUCGGCAUCAUGAGCCCAGGUCCGACGGACAGGGUGUUUCCGAUACGCAGCGUUGUGCAGGUAGAUCCAACCAUCGCGCCUGCAGCCAGAGAGCACAAUCACGACUCGUAUUUUGGGAACAUAGGACGGGCCAUGGACAGGAGGCGUGCAUCUACCAGCACAGAGGGCUCUAUCAGAGGCUCAGAUGGAUCACGCGUCGGCGGUGGUCCGCGGCUGAACCGGCCGCUCCGUUCGGAAGAAGUAGCAAGCGCCAGCGCCCAGAACUCGAGGUCAAACCCUCCACGACUUCCCCCGCAGGUAUUUAGUGAGAUCAUUGGGAAUAGAGGAGACGAGGGCGAGGCCAGCUCGUCGCAUAUGCCAUCUCAGGGCGCACCCUCGAACAAGAGUGCCGUCUCCGGAGACCAGGAUCUGGGCGGGCUUGUGACAACACGCUUCAAGCAUGUAGUCACGGAGGACGGCCAUGCCAUCAUAACGGGCAGAGAUGGCGACGCCCCCCAGCGCUGCGAAGACGAGCCAAUACACAUACCGGGUGCCGUGCAGGGCUUUGGCUUGCUGAUAGCACUGAUGGAGGUUGAAGGCAAGCUGCAAGUGCGGAUCGUGAGUGAGAAUUCAAAGAGAAUUAUUGGGUACACUCCUAAACAGCUGUUCGAGCUGGAGAGUUUUACGGAUAUCCUCUCAGAAGAGCAGGCAGACAAUCUGCUUGAUCACAUUGACUUCAUCAGGGAGGAGGAAACGGACGUGGCAACAAACGGACCAGAAGUUUUCACCAUGAGUAUACGCUCACCUAAACGGAAAUCUACAAAGUUGUGGUGCGCGAUGCAUGUCAAUGACAGCAAUCCGGGUCUCAUCAUUUGCGAGUUUGAACUUGAAGAUGAUUUUCAAAAUCCUCUGGCUCCUUCUGAUGAUUUGACCCCCGACGAUCCGGAGGACACGCUUCACGCGAACCCUACCGCGGAAGAGUAUGCUGAGUCGACGCAAAAUAUAAGCAGGCCAUUGCGGGUCCUGCGAAGUGCGCGCAAACGUCGAGGCGAAGCAGCUGCGAUGGAAGUCUUCAACAUCAUGUCGCAGGUGCAGGAGCAACUUGCCGCCGCUCCAACCUUGGAUCGAUUUUUAAAGGUUUUAGUAGGCGUUGUGAAAGAAUUGACGGGAUUCCACCGCGUGAUGAUUUACCAAUUUGAUCAUCAGUGGAACGGCAAGGUCGUAACGGAACUGGUCGACCCACGAGCAACAAAGGAUCUGUAUCUUGGAUUGCACUUUCCAGCAUCGGACAUCCCCAAGCAAGCUCGGGAUCUGUAUAAGAUCAACAAAGUGCGCAUGCUGUACGAUCGCGAUCAGGAAACUGCACGUCUGGUGUGCAAGACCAUGCAAGAUUUGGAGAAUCCACUUGACCUGACGUACUCGUAUCUGCGAGCCAUGUCGCCUAUUCACCUGAAAUACCUGGCCAAUAUGGCCGUCCGUUCCUCCAUGUCGAUAUCUAUCAACGCUUUCAACGAGCUCUGGGGCUUGAUUUCUUGUCAUUCCUACGGUCCAAGGGGCAUGCGCGUCGCAUUUCCAAUCCGCAAGAUGUGCAGGUUAGUCGGAGAUAUCGCGUCACGAAAUAUCGAACGCCUGUCAUAUGCUUCCCGGUUACAGGCCCGUAAGCUCAUAAACACCGUGCCUUCGGAGCACAAUCCGUCCGGUUACAUAAUCGCUUCUUCAGAAGAUCUGCUCAAGUUGUUCAAUGCUGACUGCGGUCUUUUGUCAAUUCAAGGCGAGACCAAGAUUUUGGGAAGGUUGGAGCAAUCGCAAGAAGCACUUGCAAUGCUGGAGUACUUGCGCAUGCGCAAAUUCACCGCUGUGACUACGUCACAGGACAUUGUUCAUGAUUUCCCAGAUCUGAAAUAUGCGCCUGGAUUCUCUUUUUUGGCAGGCUUGUUAUUUGUGCCCUUGUCAGCCGGAGGUCACGAUUUCAUCGUUUUCUUUCGAAAGGGACAGCUAAGGGAGGUCAAGUGGGCCGGAAAUCCUUAUGAGAAGGUCAUCAAGGAAGGCACCGAGGGCUAUCUUGAACCACGCAAAAGCUUUAAACUCUGGUCCGAGAUGGUCGUUGGCCGAUGCAAGGAAUGGACAGAAGAGGAAGUCGAAACCGCGGCCGUGCUUUGUCUCGUGUAUGGGAAAUUCAUUGAGGUGUGGCGUCAAAAAGAGGCAGCGCUACAAAAGAGCCAGCUGACCCGUUUACUCCUUGCAAAUUCAGCUCACGAGGUUCGAACACCACUGAACGCUAUCAUCAAUUAUCUCGAGAUCGCACUUGAGGGUACGCUGGAUCAAGAGACGAGAGAAAACCUUGCGAAGUCACACUCGGCUUCUAAAUCCCUCAUCUACGUUAUAAACGAUUUACUUGAUUUGACUAAGACAGAGGAGGGCGUUGAACUGAUCAAGGGCGAAUCGUUUGAUCUCAAGGCUACGUUGAAGGAAGCAACAGAGUCAUUUCACAGUGAUGCCAAGCGCAAGGGCAUCAGCUACGAAGUGGUCGAACAUCCCGGCUUGCCGAACAAUGUCAUUGGUGAUCAGAGGAGAGUUAGACAAGCAAUCACGAACAUCACGGCCAACGCAAUUCAAGCAACUUCGCAGGGCAGCGUAACCGUCGAAAUGUACGUCUCUGGCCAGAUGGAACAACACAUUGAUGUUGAGGUCGUUGUGACGGACACGGGAAAGGGUAUGAGCGAUCAAACCGUAGAUGCAAUAUUCAGAGACAUGGAACAAGUACAAUCCGAAAUGCUAGAUCCAGCUUCCUUCGAGCAAGAGGGCGACGGAAAGAAGGUCACUCCUGCAGGAAAGGAAGGACGCACAUUAGGUUUAGGUUUGGCAGUCGUUGCGAGAAUCAUUCGCAACAUGAACGGCCAAAUGAGGCUUAAAUCAGAAGAAGGCAAAGGCUCUAGAUUCGCACUUCAAUUCCCCUUUGAGCUGCCGAGCGGAGACGAACAGGUCAAGCUUGCGCCGCCUGGACCAUCAUCACUAAUAUCUUUGUCGGAAACAGGAAAGGAUGAAAUUCUUCUCGUCAAAAAGGACACUCCUAGAUCGAGAACAGGCUCUGUAAGUAGCGGCUCGCUGUUACAGAAACGCAACAGCGCAGAUUCGCUGCAUUCGAUGAACAGCAAAAAGAGCGUGAAAAGCGUUGGCAGCGCUCAAUCUGCAAGAAGCGACGUGGAUCGGCUUAUUGAAGCAAUCCAGGGCCCUCACAUGGCGGAGGAGAAGAGACCAUUACAUCCUGCACGUGGAUCGAGGGGAAGUCAUUCUAGACCAAGUCUAGAAAUGAGACACAGCUACGCGGGGGACCCUACGAAUUCACAGUUCGCGAAAGCGCAGAGUGUUGAGCAGGCUCUCGCAUCAAAUGAGGAAAUACAGGACCGUCCAGUCGUUGCACCCACCCCGGGUGAAGAACAGCUUCCGUUCUCCAAUGCACCAGUGCGCGCUAUCAAAGUUCCUGAUGAUGAGGAGACUCCCAUAUCGCCACAGCCCCGCAGGCCCGAUUCAGCUGGAGCCGUUAUGACCGACAUACGACAUGCUAUCAAUGAGAGCGGCAAAGACAAGUCUUCAGAAGAUUCACACCGGCAAGAGCGGUCGUCAAAAAUCCUGGAUGCGAAAGAGAUGGUCAUUCUUGUUGCUGAAGACGACCCAAUCAAUAGCAAAAUUGUAAAAAAAAGGAUGGAAAGUCGCGGGCACAAAGUCAGGCUGACAACUAAUGGAGAGGAAUGCGCAACUGCAUACUGCGAGGGGAGCGGAGAGUACGAUGCUGUGUUGAUGGAUAUCCAGAUGCCAAUUGUUGACGGGCUGACAUCGACAAAGAUGAUUCGUUCUUACGAGAAAACGACGGCUUCACAUAAACUCUCUCCGCGUGCUGCCCUCAACGGUCGCAUUCCCAUUAUCGCCGUCUCUGCAUCGCUUGAAGAGCGUGAAAGGGAUACGUAUGUUAGUGCUGGCUUUGAUGCUUGGAUCCUCAAACCCAUUUCAUUCGAUCGGCUCCAAACACUUCUUGAAUGCAUUGUUGAUGCAAAGACGAGAGAAGAGUGUUUGUAUAAGCCCGGGCACUGGGAACAAGGCGGUUGGUUUGAGAAUGCACAUUCGGCGGGUGAUCAAACGGAGCCAAAAACUCAGUCCGACAAAGACGUGGCUUUAGGAGCAGAUUCUUCACGUGCUUGUGCAAUUAGAAAUGAAGAGAGUGAAGGCCAAUCGGAAUCGCUCCAAACCGGUGUUGGCGACACGUCUCCAACAAAGAGCACCUCUGCGCCUGCUGCUGUUUCUAUCGGGAGCGAAGAAAGCACUCAUAAAGUCAAUGUGACUGAAGCGGAGCUAGCGAACGAGCCGGGCCCACAGGAGUCUUUGAGCAAGCUAGACACAUCAUGAGUCACUCAGUUUUGAUGUAGGUUGCAGUUUAUGCUCCCGCAGCCACGAAUCGUGCGGUUGCACGACGGCGUUGUGUACAACACAGAAUUGCGCCUUGUUUUCUCGUUUCACGUAUUUUGGCCGGCUGGUAGCUCCCAACGCUGCGCGGAAAAGCGCAGCAUGACAUUUACCAUUUCAAUGUAAGAAACAUUUAGACAAAGACCAUAAACCGCAUGCAUAACGAUAUUCAAGUGUGCCUCUCUUCAUAUAUGUGUAACUGCUUACGACAAAUGCGACAAACAAAAGAUUUGCAACAAAUUUCAUGCUUUUUUGCUUGGAGGAUGAUGUCGAUGACCCACAUGCAUAUCUAUGCGAGCUUCAGACAUCAACAUAACACUACAAAAAUCAUACUGAUUAUUUUCUUUUCACGAAUGAUUUCGGUUAACGUCGAAGCAGACAUGAUGUGGAGCGACUGUACAGAUAGACUAUGAAGCACCCACCGGACAUCUCAACUUGGGCAAAAUCAGAUGGAUCAGAUCGUAAGGUUCGUUACGUAUAUCAUGUGAGCUAAGAGGUAUAUAACAAAUCUCUGGGCUGAAAAAAAGCCACGACGAAAAUGCGAAGAAACGAUGCUAGUCACGCCUCCCCCCCACCCACGAAAAAAAAAAAGCCCAAAUGCAGCUGAGUAGAUAGUCGAAGAUGCCCAAAAGUAAAG